UGAAGAAAACGUUUGGAAACUUUGUGAGUACAUCAGGAGCCAGGAGCGGUACCCGCUAGAGGAGUUUUAUGCUGUUUUCAUAUCCAAUGAUAGGAGGAUGAUUCCACUCUGGAAGCAGAAAUCGGGACAUGGAGAUGAGCCUGUGGUGUGGGACUACCAUGUCAUUCUACUUCACGUUUCCAGUGGGGAGCAGAACUUCAUUUAUGAUCUCGACACAGUGUUGCCGUUCCCAUGUCCUUUUGACAUGUACAGUGUGGAGGCUUUUAGGUUGGAUGAUGGCCUUCGUCCAGAAUUCCGCAGGAAAAUCAGAAUGAUUCGAGCAGAUUUGUACUUGAAGACUUUUGCUUCAGACAGAUCUCAUAUGAAAGAUGCAAGUGGGAAAUGGCAGAAACCUCCUCCUUCAUACCCUUGCAUUGAAACUGCAG